CUGUCGGAGUUUCCCGUGAAACAACGAACACAGUCUCUGGACGGUAUUUAAGGAAUCUAACAGCCCACACUCGCUGACAGUUUUGUUUCUCUGUCACAUUUCAUGACUUGUGACCCAGAAAGCUGCGUUUGAGCUCAACUCUCACCUGCGCUGAGACCUCGUCCCCUCAGAAAUGUCUCACCAGAAACCGCUGCUCAUGCCGUGGCUGCGGGCCAAGAUCGACAGUGGCAAGUUUCCCGGCGUCCUCUGGACAAACUCAGAGCGGACAGAGUUCUCCAUCCCCUGGAAACACGCUUUGAGACAGGACUCGUCCGACACCGACAGUCUCAUCUUCAAGGCCUGGGCUGAGGUUAGCGGGAAUGGCCGGGCUCAGGGAGACCCCUCGGUCUGGAAGAGGAAUUUUCGCAGCGCCCUCCGAGCUAAAGGCUUUAAAAUGGUGUCCGAUAGCAAGAACGACGCUGCAAACCCUCAUAAAGUGUUUCGCUGGCCGGACGAGUCGCCAUCAGGAGCUAACUCUUCUGCUGGAUCCCAGGAACAAGAUGACGCUGAUUUGUUUGAGGAUUAUGGUCUUCCUACACAAGAUAGCCAGCUCGGUUCAUUUGAAGAAUGCCUCUACCUUGCAGAAGACACCGUGUAUCUUCCUGCAGAAUCCUCAGCCAGUCAGGAUAUUCUCCAGGAGUGUCUGAAGGAACUGAACAUUGGCCCUGAUACAGAGGGCACCGCAGGCUUUGAGCCUCCUCCCGAGCAACAGCAGCUCCAGAAUCAGGUUGUGAUUGGUGGAUGCGCGUUGCCUGGGCAACAGCAGUAUCCAGUAACGUUUGAGGGUGCAGACGGUGAAACUGGGUUGCCUGAGCAACCAGCACGUCCAAUGGAGGGAGCUGUGGGAGGGGCCUGUGAUGGGCAGUUGGCGGCACAGUUCCUACAUACAAUGAACAAGACUAAAGAUGGAGAUAAUUUCAAGACUCAGUUCAGGAUCUCAGUGUACUACAGAGGAGUGAUGGUGUCAGAGCAGACGGUUGAGAAUGAAGCUGGAAUCCGCUUAGUCUACAGCCCUGAGCUCAAGGGGACAGUUUUGGAUCAUGAGUCAGGCCUCUCCGUGGUCUCUCUGCCAACUCCUGGAGUCAUGCUGGAUAAAACUCAAGCCACUCUGACCCAACGGAUUCUCGACAAACUGGGCGACGGCUUGGAUGUGGGGGUGUCCGGCCACGUGGUCUACGGCCAGCGACGGGGUGAAAUCAAAGCUUUCUGGAGCUUCUCCAAGUUCGACCAGAGCCAGCAGCCCCAAGAGAUUCCUAAACUGCAGCCGCAGGCGCUUUACCAGUUCAGGGACUUUGUGCGAGGAAUAUUGGACUUCAUCGAAGGCAAAGACAGCCCGCCCUGCUCCCUGUUCCUCUGCCUUGGGGAGAAGUGGCCUGACAGCAGGCCUUGGGAGAAGAAGCUCAUCACAGUGGAGGUGGUCCUGACUUCAAUGGAGUUACUGAAAAAUUUGGCUGUUGAAGGUGGCGCCUCCUCCCUGCAGUCUGUAGAGCUGCAGAUGUCCCUCGAAGAGAUGAUGGAGUUGUGCUGAUGCAGUCUGCUGAACCUGAAAGUCAUCGUUUACCCUUUUUCAAAAUCCUCAAUCUCGACAUGAAAAGCUUGACAGUCUAUGAACAUUUUAGGUCUUGAUUCUACACCAAAUAGAACAGAUCAUGUCAUAAUAAUAAGUGUAAUAAUAAUUGUGUUAGUGUUGGAUUGGCUGGAACUUCACAAUGGACCAAACAUAUUUACUAAAGGGACCACGUUCAGCAGCAAUAUGUACUUUUUUAUACCCAGUUUUAAACAACUGAUUUGGUACGAGGGCUACAAGGUGAUGCGGUGGUUAGCACUGUUGCCUCGCAGCAAGAAGGUUGCCGAUUUCUGCGUGGAGUUUACAUGUUCUCCCCGUGGGUUCUCUCCAGGUUCUCCGGCUUCCUCCCACAGUCCCAAAACAUAUUGAGGAUAGAUAGCUAGAUAGAUAGAUCUUUCUUACGUAAAUGAUAAAUAUUGGUGCUAGUUUAAGAGAAUGACUUAAACAAAAGAGCUCUGUCACUCAGCUCAAGAGGUAAACUGUUUCCACCCACUGUUCACUCUGCCCUUGUAAAUACUGUGUUUGUGCUAAAGUAAGUUAAUGCCUCCUAAAUAAAUGUGAAAAACCACCCAGAAGCUCACCAAUCAUGAUAAUAUCAAAGAAGGAAUGUGUCCAUUAAGCACAAGUAUCAGAUGAAGAAGAUAAGAGCAGCACUGUAACAGUCCCUAGCUAAAACGAAAUGCAGUUUAAUAACAAUACCUGAAUCCACAAACAGUAAUAAAAUGGACUCUACUGUUCAGCCACAGCUAAAACAAACAGCAAUUUAAAGGUAAUUUAACGGUGCAGAUGUGAUCAGAGCAUCUGGAAUCCAUCCAAAUGUUUUGUAUGGCAUGAGACAGUUUUCAUACAACACACCCAAUUUACACCUGAGCACAUGUUGUGUACUGCAGUACAUCACACGCCGUACAGAGGCAAGUCCAUGUGCUGCGCAGAUGUUUAUUCCAUCUUGUUCGAUGGGGGUCAUGAGUUCAUGUAUCUGAUGUGGCCUGUUUGGAAUUUCCUCUAAAGCAACGCUCUGCAGAAGACUGGACGAAACUGAUCUAAAUGCGCACAGCGUCAGAACGAGCAAGAAGACUUUAAGACUUUAUUCAAACAUUUAUGGGUAUUAUCACCGUGAAAUCAAUUCCUUCUCAGGAGCUACUACAGAUUCAGAGUUUCAUUCGAACCAGUGUGACCUUAUUGCUGCUCUAAAUUACUAGUCUGAAUCCAAAGAAGAAGAAAUGUGAAAUGAUCUUUUUUUUAUAUCCUUUCUUCAGUUGUCAGAACGGCUGGUUGUGUCUGGAUGAGAACUACAUCUCAUUCCUUCGGCGCCAUCCACGAAGUUACAAUAAAUAUUUAUGCACUGACAAACUUUAGAAAUGGGAUAUUUACAAAGAGAACAAUCAAUAAACUGAACGAGUGGA